GCCAUCAAGAGAAAAGAUGGCGGAUGGUAGUUUAAAGUAUGUCGAAAAAAAUUAUCUCUGCUAUGUUUUACGCCUCUAGACGACAUUUUAUCUUGUUGGAAAACCAUUUAUAGAUAUUUAGGAACCUAUUCAAUAAUGCCUGAAGAAAAAGGCGGUGAUAAUGUUCGUGUUGUCGUCAGAUGCCGGCCCUUAAACGAAAAAGAAAAGGGUUCUGGUUGUUCUGUUUGUGUUCGUGUGAACGAAGCAAAUGGUACAAUAACUGUGGAAAACCCUUCGGCUCGAUCGGCAGGCGAGCCUCCAAAACGAUACACUUUCGAUCGUGUGUUUGCGCCAGAAGUUAAGCAAGUAGACGUAUAUACAGAUGCAGCACGGGCUAUCAUAGAAUCAGUUCUAGAAGGCUAUAAUGGAACAAUUUUUGCAUAUGGUCAGACUGGAACAGGCAAAACAUUUACCAUGGAAGGAAUACGUUCUAUCCCAGAGAUGAGGGGAAUUAUCCCUAAUUCAUUUGCUCAUAUUUUUGGUCAUAUAGCAAAGGUUGAUGGUGAUGUUAGAUUCCUUGUGAGAGUUUCAUACUUAGAAAUCUACAAUGAGAAUGUAAGGGAUCUUCUUGGUAAAGAUGAGCAUGCCAGUCUAGAGGUAAAAGAACGACCGGAUGUUGGAGUUUAUGUCAAAGAUUUAUCUUCUUAUGUAAUGAACAAUGCAGAUGAUUUAGACAAAACUAUGACACUUGGAAAUAAAAACAGGUCUGUUGGGGCAACAAACAUGAAUGAAAGGUCAUCACGUUCACAUGCAAUCUUUAGCAUUACAGUGGAAUGUAGUGAGAAAGGUCCAGAUGGACAACACCACGUGCGCAUGGGAAAACUCCACCUAGUUGACUUGGCUGGAUCUGAACGACAAACCAAAACAGGUGCAACAGGUCAACGUUUGAAGGAGGCAACUAAGAUCAACCUGUCACUAUCAACUCUUGGUAAUGUCAUAUCAGCUCUAGUAGACGGCAAAAGUACUCAUAUCCCUUACAGGAAUUCUAAAUUAACCAGGCUUCUACAGGACUCCUUGGGAGGCAAUUCCAAGACUGUAAUGAUUGCUAAUGUUGGUCCUGCAGAUUAUAACUUUGAUGAGACCAUAAGCACUUUGAGGUAUGCCAACCGGGCUAAAAACAUCAAAAACCAGGCUAGAAUUAAUGAAGAUCCUAAGGAUGCUAUGCUUAGGGAAUUCCAAAAAGAGCUUGAGAGACUUAGAGCCCAGCUUCAAGAUGAAGAGGGUGGAGCAACAGAUGAAAGCUCUUCUGAAGAAGAAGUAGAAGAAAAUGGUGUCAUAGUUAAAAGGAAAAAGAAUAAAAGGAAAACAGCAUCUCAUGCCAUUCCACCUGAAAAGAUUGCAGAAAUGCAGGCUAAGAUAGAGGCAGAGAAGGCAGCAUUACAAGCAAAGAAAGACAUGGCUGAAGAAGAACGUAAUGCUGCGGCCAAGGAACUCGAAAAAAGAGAAAAAGAUAUUUUUCAAGCACAGGAAGAACACAAAAAGCUUCAAGAUAAGCUGAAGGCAAUUGAAAGCAAGAUUAUUGUUGGUGGAGUAAACUUGCUGGAGAAAGCAAAGGAACAAGAACAUCUCUUAGAAGCAUCUGCAAAAGAGUUAGCAGAAAGACAUGCACGGGAAAGGGAACUACAGAAACUCAUUGAGGAAAAAGAGAUGGCUGAUCAGCAAGAGGAACACCAACGAGAAACCGAAGGACUCCUAGAAAAUAUCAGAGAACUGAGGAGGGAGUUACAGUGCCAGGCAAUGAUUAUAGACAGUUUUAUUCCACCAGAAUUUCAGGAGUUAUUGGAUCAUAACAAAUGUUGGAAUGAAGAGUUAGGUGAAUGGCAGUUGAGAUUCAUUGCCUAUACUGGUAAUAACAUGAGAAGAGCCACACCUAGUCCUGAUCCUAAAGAUAAACAUAAAGAGAUGAAUGAAACAGACAUAUCAGAUGUGUAUUUGAGUUACAGUUCAAUAGGAUACCCAACAUCAGGUGGAGAGCCAUCAAGGCCAAAAUCAAGUCGACCCAAAACAGCAAGCAGACCUAAGACUGCCAGCAGACCUAAAACAGGAAAAAGGAAGAAGAAUGGAGAUAGCAGUUUAUCAGAGAACAAAGAUGAAGGAGACAGUGAAGUAUUCCCUCAAUCUAGACGUCUGCUCAGUCCAAAGAAACACUUUGCAUAAUGGUUCAUGCAAACUUUGAAGCCUCAUAAUCAAUCCAGAUGUUUUACGGCCCUAUCAUACCCUGCUUCCAGUAUAACAUAGACACUGAUAAUUACAUAUUAAACCCUUUUACAGGACUAAAGGUACCAUGUUUUAAAGUUCAUUUUAAAAUGUGCUUAAAUUGGACUGGUUUUUCAUAAGAAAUUUGGACUUAUUUUUCUUCAUCAAUCGUUAAUUAUGUUAAAGUCAUUUAGAAUAUUCGAUUUGUCAGAUAAGGUAUUCUAAUUGACAAACUGAGCUUCUUCAUUACAAAACUUUUGUGCUACACAAUUAUUUGUAAGCCACCCAUUUCCAAAAUCCUGAAGUGAAUGUUAUCUAUUUUACUUCAUUAUUUAAAAGCACAACUUGAUGAGAUUUUCUCUUCAUUAUUAUAGAUCACUGUUUUGUGCAUGAUAGUUAUAUGAUAAAUAGCAGAACCCUUAGAGUGGAAUUCUUUCAGAAUUGCUAAAAGAAAUAUGACACUGUUUGUAAAUAGCAAUUGUUUUAAUAGCUUGUAAAUAAAUAAUCCAUCCAAACUA